AACUUGGAAGUCGAGACACACACACACAUAGAUACAUAUCCAUACUUCUGUUGCUCACUGCAUCUCCUAGUUCAGCAAAUUGCCAAAUUGAGACAUGGGAAUUGAUCGUGUCAACACGGCAGCCACUGGCCGCGGACGCACCGUCUGUGUGACCGGCGCCGGCGGUUUCAUCGCGUCCUGGCUAGUGAAGCUCCUCCUGGAGAAGGGCUACGUGGUCCACGGCACCGUCCGAAACCCUGAUGAUAUGACAAGGAAUGCGCAUCUGAGAGCCUUGGAAGGGGCUACGGACCGGCUGACCCUUUUCCGGGUGGACCUGCUUGACAAGGAGAGCCUCGUCGCUGCAUUCCAAAGAUGCGAAGGCGUAUUCCACACCGCAUGCCCCGUCACCGAUGACCCGGAAAAAAUGAUCGAGCCGGCGGUGAACGGGACGAGAAACGUGAUCAAUGCGGCGGCGGAGGUGGGCAGCAUCCGGCGUGUCGUAAUGACGUCGUCGAUCGGCGCCGUGUACAUGGAUCCUCGCCGCACCCUUGAUGGGAAGGCCGACGAGACAUGUUGGAGCGACCUCGAGUUCUGCAAGAAUACAAAGAACUGGUACUGCUAUGCAAAGACGGUGGCGGAGCAGGCGGCAUGGGAGCUUGCCAAGGAGAGGAAGCUAGACCUUGUCGUGAUCAACCCGUCUCUAGUGUUGGGCCCUCUGCUACAGACAGCGGUGAAUGCCAGCACGUGGCAUAUUGCCAAGUAUCUAGAUGGCUCGGUGCAGACGUAUGCCAACGCGGCACAGGCGUACGUGCACGUCCAGGAUGUUGCAGACGCGCACACGCGUGCGUACGAGACGCCCGAUGCGCAUGGCCGGUACCUCUGUGCAGGGCGCAUGCUGCACCGCGGCGAGGUGUGUGGUAUCCUCGCCAAGUUCUUCCCGGAGUACCCCGUGCCCACGAGGUGCAAAGAAGGGGCGGGCGAGAUGAAGA